AUGGUAAUCGUCCAAAUCGAUCCAAUCAACGCAAGACAUCUUGGACUUAACAAAACUGGAUCAGCAUGGUGCAAAACCUUUGAUGGUUUGAAUAGAUAUAUGCAAACUGUGUUGGGUUGGAGAUCCAUUGAGAACAAAUAUACAUAUUAUAUAACUGAUGCUUACACCAAAGUUAAUCAUAGUAAAUUGGGAAUUCCAGAGGACGGUUACCAAAGAAUGAAAAAGCAAGUAAAAGAUAUUAUUGACCUCAAACCUCGGGUCAUACUUGUCUGUGCAAAGGUAGCUAGGGAAUUAUUUAGACAAUAUAUGACGACCCAUAUCAUUGCCGACACUUCGAACCAUUUCUACAAGAUCUCUGACAUUUUGGUUGUAGAAACAAAACAUUUUUCAAGAGUGAACCAAAACCUGGCAUUAUUUCAAUCUCAAAUGGAUACAGUAAAACAAUUUCUUGAAGGAAAAAACAUGACAUUUGGUCAUGAAAAUCCUCACAAGUUCUCGGGAGAGGAAAAACAAGUAAUUGGAAAGGAAAAAAAUACCUCUAAACCCAGACCAGAGGUGUCGCAACUUAGAGAUAGACUAAAAUCAUUUACAGAUUCAAUCAAAAGGAUCCCUAAAACGGACAUUAAUGUUCCUCAUCCUUCAUAUGAAUCCCCAAAUACUUUAAUGAAUAAUAUGAAAACACUCUCAAUUAAUAAUGAUCAUAAUAAUCAUUAUAAUGGUGAUAAUUAUGAUAAUAAUAGUAUUAAUAACAAUAACAAUAAUAAUAAUAACAUUAAUAAUAAUAAUAAUAAUAAUAAUAAUAAUAAUAAUAAUCAUCAUCAUCAAGGAUAUCCAGAGGAAUAUGAAGAGAUCAAUCAACCACAACAACAACCACAACCACAACAACAACAACAACAACAACAACAACAACAACAACAACAACAACAACAACAACAACAACAACAACAACAACGAUAUGGUCGUCUUGGUGGGAAGCUCCAUCCUAUCGAUUUAAAUGGUAUUUCGCGUUGUGGGAUGAUCAAAGAUAAUACGGGUCGUGCAAGUCCAAUAAUUAAUUAUUAA